UUUGUAAACAUACUCGUGGUGGCCAUCAGCGGAGGAACUAUUCUGAGAAGAAAGAUGGUCUCUCUCUCUAGUAAACACCCAGAUUCUUUCUUCGUCCAGAGAAGCAAAUAAAAGCAGAAAAAGGAAAGCGCUUUUAUUUGUUGGAGUUUGAUACGGAGUAGGUAACGUAACGACGAAACCGAAAACCAGACUUGGCCCUCCCCUGCCUUUUCCGUUUCUUUCGCGGGAAUUCCCUCUUAUCGUAUCCUUUUGCAUUGUUAUUGGGAUUCAGUUGCUUGUGACAAGAUUAGCUGGAUGACGACGACCAAGGCGCCGGCGAAUUCCUCGCAGACGUGGGGUUUCUUCCGUGAAGGGAAGUAAAAACAAAAAAAAAAAUUCAUUUUCUGGUUCAGCUUUCUCUUCUACGGAUACGGCAAAAUAGAUUGUAGAAAUGGGUCGAAUGAAUGGAGGAACUGGUCCAAAUUCUGAGAAUGGGUUGCUUUGGAGAUGGGUAGGAAUCAUCAGAAUCGGGGAAGGCAUUGAUUGGUAAGGGGAUAAGUCGGGAUUUGACUGAUUCUCUUCUGUUCAUCGAGCUCCAUAGCUCGGCCGCCGUAGAUUCUAGCCAGUCGGCGAGUGUCAGUAGAGGAAACAAGAAUUUCGAAGACGAAUUGCGGCUCGCUGUGGUUGCGACAAACCAGCAAACAGGUGGUGGGCAAGGAGACAAUGAGGCAUUGGAUAAAGGCGAGCAGGGAAGCCGCGGGAAUCACAAUGCAGACGGAGAUAUAGUUGUGCCCAACACGGAAAUUUCCAUGGGAAACUCCUUUGAGGAAAGCUUGGUUGUCAAGAGCAACAAGGCAGCAUCGUCGUCGGCGGGUGAUUUGAAGGAGUUACUGCCAAAGGGGGAGAAGAAGACAGCAUGCGUGAUUGAUGUCAAGUGCGAUGUUGGGAAUUUGAAGGAUAGCUGUGAUGAUGGGGAGAAGGUUUGCAGGAUUUGUCAUUUGAGUUCUGAUGGGUCAGUUGAAGUUGCCACUGCUGGGCCUGUGACUUCCAUGGAGCUCAUUCAGCUUGGUUGUGGAUGUAAAGGUGAGCUCGGUGUUUCGCAUUCUCACUGCGCUGAAGCCUGGUUCAGGCUCAAAGGAAACAGGGUGUGUGAAAUUUGUGGGGAGACGGCGAAGAACAUAACAGGACUAGUAGGGGACAGCAGAUUGCACGGAGGUUCGUCGGAGAGAGGUGGUGGCGGAGGGUGUGGGAGUGGACAACCUUUCUGCAACUUCCUGAUGACGUGCUUCAUGAUCGCCUUCGCCCUGCUAUGUUCUCUGGGUAUCGGCGGCAAAGAGGCAUCACAUUCUUCUCUUCCUUCCUUGUUCUGCAUUCCUCGUAAUUUCAUCGCCGCCAAAAUGGUUGACGACAAGAAGCUUUCCAACCCUAUGAGGGAAAUCAAAGUCCAGAAAUUGGUACUCAACAUCUCCGUCGGAGAAAGUGGCGAUCGUCUCACCCGUGCCGCCAAGGUGCUGGAGCAACUCAGCGGCCAAACCCCUGUUUACUCCAAGGCUAGGUAUACCGUUAGGUCGUUUGGUAUCAGGCGUAAUGAGAAAAUCGCUUGCUAUGUGACCGUGAGGGGUGACAAGGCAAUGCAGCUGUUGGAGAGCGGUCUGAAGGUGAAGGAGUAUGAGCUCCUGAGGAGGAACUUCAGCGAUACUGGAUGCUUUGGUUUCGGUAUCCAGGAGCAUAUUGAUCUUGGCAUCAAAUAUGAUCCUUCAACUGGUAUUUAUGGUAUGGACUUCUUUGUCGUUCUUGAGCGCCCGGGAUACAGAGUGGCUCGUCGCCGCAGGUGCAAGGCACGUGUUGGGAUUCAACACAGAGUUACAAAGGAAGACGCCAUGAAAUGGUUCCAAGUCAAGUACGAAGGAGUCAUUCUCAACAAGGCCCAAAACAUUGGAGCUUAAGUUGUUUUUCCCUUGAUGCACUCAGCUUUUGGAUAGUUGUAUGUGUUUUCUGAGACUUGGAAUGGUUUGAAUGUUGAUUGUGGGAGAUUUUGAAUUAGAGAUAGAGAUGUGGUUGUCAAAUUAUGUUCUCAGUCCAAGAAUGGUAGUUACUUUGAUUUCUUGAAACCUGCUUCUCCUCCACUCCUUGCUUCCCAUUUGUUUCUCCCUGCUUUCUCUUUAGUCUUUUCCUUAGUCUUGGAAGACGCUAUCUCGGUCUUCACCCAGAUGCAUGUGAAGAACAUCAUCUCAUGGAACCCAUAAGCCUUCAUUUUCACAUGAUAUGCACUCUGCAGAUUCAUUUUCUGCACUAGGGUGGCAUUGAUUUUUGUGCUAGUUGGGAAGUGCCCAAGAAUUGAUCACAUGGU